AUGGAGGGCCAAUGGCGAUCGGAGAUACCUGAGGAUAUGCGCAAGAAGAUGAUCACUGAGAUGUAUCAUGAACUUGCGCGUAUCUCGGGAGAAGUAGACAAGCAGAAAGUAUGGGGAUCAGCAGCGAAGUUCGAGUUGAUGCUGUGGUCCAGCAGCCCUGAUCGAAACUCGUACUUGAUGAAGAUGCAGAGGAAGAUUAUGAGUCUCAAAAAGAAGCAGGGAGCUGGCGAGAUCCAGCAGGCCAACAUGAUCCCCAAUGCCAACAAUGCGGUGACGUCCGGUGCUAUGAGUGCUGCAGCAAAUGGUAUGGCUGGCGGGCUUAACAUGAACCUGAAUGCGGCAAUGAACGCACAGCAGUUUCAGAAAAAUCAAGUGGCAGCUAGCCAAGCCAUGAGCAAUUUCCAGCAGGCUCAAGCCCAAGCUCAGGCACAGGCUCAAGCUCAGGCACAGGCUCAAGCCCAGGCUCAAGCUCAAGCGCAAGUCCAGCAACAGAAUGCUGCUGCAUUAGCCGCGUCCAACUGUGCGAAUGUCGACGUCUCAGCUGUUUUUAACUCGGGAGUUGCCACCGGGAUGAAUACAAUUGGUACUGCUCCAACGGCAGCUGGUACGACUCCCGCGGGGAAUCUGUCUACGCCACCCCAGCAGCAGGCACAGCAGUGGCUACAACGGAUUCAAGUGCAAUUUCAAGCCCAGCAGCGGCAGCUUUUACACACACAAAGUCAGGAAACACAGCAGCUGCGCCAGCAGCACAUGAACCAGCAACAGCAGUUAUCUCAGCAGCAGCAACAGCAGGGUGUUGCUCCUGACCUGCGCCGUCAGCAACUACAGACGUUGCAGCAGCAGCAUCAACUUGCCCGCACACGACUCCAACAUUUGCACAAGAGCAAGCAACAGCAGUUGCAACGGAAGCAACAGCAGUACCUGAUGCAGAAGCAGCAUCAGCUUCAGCAGCAGCACCAGCAACAAGGUUCAAUCACAGCAACUACAGCUACGCCCACCACAGGUAAUGCUGCGUCCUCAGCUAUGCUAACUGCUACGCAAGAUGGUGUCUCGUCGGCUUCGGUGCCUCUGCCGAAUGCGACGGUGGUGCAGACGACAGCUCCAGCGGUAUCAGCCACUCACACGCCACCGACACUCGCUGCUGCUCAGCGUGGAGUGAAGCCAGAGCAACUGUCGGCUGCACAUUCCCAACAAGCGGCAAUGCGAGAGAUGCAGCGUGCUCAAAACACGACCCAAACGCAUGCUGAUAAUGCACUGAAGCAUCAAGUACCCAGUAGCAGUGCAGCGACCGCAGCAUCAUCAACACCUGAUUCGACAGUUAGUGCAUCGACGACACCAACAAUGUCUGGAAACCCGAACCAGACAUACGUGCAGAGACUGAAGGAGAUGAAGCAGAAGUACUGGGAUGAUCUAGUGAUCGUGUAUCGUGAGUUCGAGCGCAUGGUGAAGCAAAAACCUGCAAAUCAGCAGCAAGAGCGCAUUCACACCUUCUUGGUGAACUUGAAGCGCAUUAUUGCGCUUUUGCAGCAGGAUCCAUCAAAAGUCACCAGCAACAAUAAGAAUGACUUGGAUCGUGUCGAGGCUCACAUUCAUAAGCAAGUACUACCCAUUUUGGAACGCUUGAAAACAAAAACGCACGCUACUUCGGGAGCGACGAGCAACAGUGGUGCGAUGGCAGCUCAUCAAGAGCAGGUGAAGAAUAAUAACGAAGCGCAGCGGCUCGCGCAGCUCCAUGAGCAGCAGAAAAGGAUGCAAGAGCAACAAAAGGCCGAAGCAGAGCACAGGCUUUUUGAGGAGCAGAAAAAGAAGCAGCUGCUUGAAGCUGCAGCUACGGCGGCCGCCAAGAAACAAGAAGUGCUGGAAGAACAACGCAAACAAAAGCAAAAGCAGCUUCAGGCUCAGCACGCUCAACAGCAAGUCCUUUUACAACAACAGCAACAACAGCGGCAACAAUUAUUGACUCAACAGCAAGCGCACUCAAAGGCUCAGAAUCAAGUGCGCAUUAGCGCGGAGCAGCCGACUUCAGCAGCGCCUGGAGCAACGGCGGUGACUCCUGGUUCUACGUUGGCUGCAGGGUCCAAUUACGCAGCCACAAACGCAAUUAACGAGGCUGGUGAUCCGCUUACGAAUAUGGGGUCUUCGCACAUGACUCCGGUUGAGGCAUCAGCUCGUUUGUCUCCUGCCGGAACUAAUGCUUCGACCGGCGUAGCAUCAUUGACGCCUGCACAGUACCGGACAUUUAAGCUUCCAGAAGCACACAAGCACCAGCUAACAGCCCAGCACGCCAAGCUGCGUGAACAACAGCAGGAGCUGAUUAUGCAGCAGAGUGAAGCCAAGAUACCGGCGCACCAGGCAAAACUUGCACACCAAGCCCAGCGCCUAGCGCAGAUGAUCAAUAAAAUCUCUCAGCAAUUGGUGCAGUGCAAGCUGGCCGAGGAAUACGAGCAGUCUAAGAACAUGGGAAUGGCAACGACGUUAUCGCAACCAACGCCGUCGCUGGCCGCUCCGACGCCUUCUGCGCUCGACGUAAACACGACGAUAAAGCCAGAAGUCACCACUUCCACCGCUACGCCGGCUGUUAUCGACAGUGCUACACCAGCCAGUGGGUUGGCAGCCCCAGGUGCCGCUCUUGGUGCCGUGAAGGAUGAUCAGACCGCUGCAAGUGCCGCCGUCACUCCGCACGAGCAACUAGCAAAAGCAAACAACAUUGUGAAAUCGGUGUUACCCGAUAUGACGGGACUGGGUGCUUCCGAAAAGCUUUUGACUGCUGUAGCUGCCUAUGAGAAGCACAAACCUGAUGUUUUGAAACGCGGCGCAUUGCGCUUCUCACGCAUUGCCGUAGCCAUUGGUGCCAAGCUCAACACGUCCUACGUGUCGUAG